GCACCGAGCGUUUUACCACACUCCCCAGCAGUUGCAUGCUGUUGCCCAACACCUGUACACAAAAUCAAAACAAAAACAUCUUUUAAUUAAUUAAAUUAAGGAGAAAAUUAAAGAGAGAAUGGCUGUGCUACCACCAGAUCCUGUGUUCAGUCUUAGAUCGCCCGAUAUGGGCGCCGUAAACUCACUUUGUUUCCAGGAAUCCGAACGCCUGCUGGCGGGAACCAUCAAAGGCAGUGUCUUUCUAUGGGAUUUACAGACCAAUCGCUCCGCCCUCCAUUUCGAGGUGGGGCCCGAUCCCAUAACCAGCCUGCACCACACAACCGACAGACUUAUCACUCAGGAAAAGGGCGGCACCAUUUCCAUGUUCUCCAUCGGCAGCGGCAGCUAUGUUAAAGAGCGCAGCAUUCCAGGAAAUCACCUGGGAUACUGCAGAUCGGCCCUCCACACCAGCACCAGUAACACCAGCGAGCAGCUCCUCUUCUAUCCUUGCGAGGAGUCGGCCAUCGGAGUGCUCCAUGUGACAGAUUCUUCGGCCCCAACGCAGAUGCUAGUGCCCGACGACCCACAACUGCCCAAACUGGGAAGUGUAACCUGCUUCAAGCCCUUCGAAUGUGCAUCCCAGCUCUUCUUGCUUGCCGGCUACGAGUCGGGACACUUUUUGACCUGGGACAUUAGCUCUGGAGUGAUCCUGGACGUGCUAGAGCUGGCCACUGAUGCCAUGGCCGUGGACUACGACCCCAUUACAAAUCGCGGCAUUGUUGGAGGUGCCUCCGAUAAGCUGGUCAGCUUUAGUUAUCAACGACCGUCGAUGCAACUGCAGCGCGGCUCGGAGCUUAGCAUCAAGAAUCCUGGAGUAAACUGUGUUCGAAUUCGAUCGGACCAGAAGGUGUUUGCCAGCGGCGGCUGGGACGGGCGCAUUCGCAUUUUCUCAUGGAAGAGCCUCCGACCGUUGGCCGUGCUCACGCAGCACAAGCAGGGCGGUGUCAUGGACCUGGUCUACUCCAAUCAACCGGUAUCCAUGUGGCACGCAAAUAUCAUGGCAGCAGCUGGCAUGGACAGCCAGAUAUCGCUUUGGGACCUCUACAACUGAACUUUGUAUUAGCUAUAAGUGUUAAAGUUUUGGUUUUUUAGAUACGUUUGACUGGAACGAUUUUGACAUCCUUUUGAAAUUAUCUUAAGUAGUUGAUUUCCUCUCUGAAGAAAAGGUUUUUGAAGUUUACCGUUUUAAGUACAUGAAAUCAUUUUGUGAAAAACAUAUUAAAAUGGUUAAAUACCAUUUCAUAAAAUCCAGAA